AUGGGAAAAGCAGAUUCUUGGCGGUAUGAUAAAGGUAGCGAUACCUAUGAGAGCUGCGAGAGUCUAGACUUGGGUAGCGGAAUUUUAUUACAAUCCCAUAAGGAUAGCCCCAUGGUUUUUUACAACGACGUAAAGUUCACCAGUUAUUGCGAUAAUGAAAUGCCGGUAUAUUCGGCACUUGUGAGGACCGAAAAUUCCUUCCCGUAUUUGGAUGCCAUCCAGCAGGACUGGGGCAAGUUCAUUUCGGUGGACGACAGCGAUCGUGGUCCUUUCAAAUAUAGCAUUUAUGCGAUUUUGGUGUCAUUCACGGCCAAUUUCAUCAUCGUGCUCUCUCUUACCAUCAUUGUGUUUAUCACAGUACGACAAAAACCAUACCGUGGCGCUUCCAACUUGCUGAAACUAGGUAGUUCCCUGGCGUCUAUCAAUCUCACAAUCUUUGUGGCAAAAGCUUUGGACGUACUGAAAGACGAGCACAUUAAUAAAGGCAUUGUUUCCACGGAUGAGGUGCUGGACUUACUUUCCCACGACACAGCGUUCACUUGCCUAGAUUUUUUCGUUGUACUCAUUUGCGAACUAUGUCAGGUUCAGAUCGUGAUGAGACUUUUCUCGCGAGUUCGCGAAAAAAGGCUCGUUUUUUUCACCGGAAUCAUACUUUCCAUCAUUUCACAGGUUCUUUGGGCCAUUCCUUCCUUUUCGAAACUUGCAAGAAAUCACUACAUGGGUGAGUCAUACGAUGAGGAUGGUCUCAUUCUACUGUCACCUUUCGUGUAUCUCAUGCGAAUCACAUUCUCUGCAUUUUUCGCCAGCAUCAUAAUCUUCAAUGUGUUCAUUAAGCGACAGCUGUGUUUACAUAACCAGCGGAUGACACUACUGACUCUCAUCACCAUUUUGAUUAUUUUUCUACAGCCCGCGUUUUUCGUCGCAGAUGUGACGAACAUCUGGGUCGAUGACCUCAGUGAAAUCUUCAAUACUACGUGUUACGUCGGAUCGGCCGUCAUAGUGUGGCAGUGGGUCGACUCUCUGCUGAUUUUGGAAAGAAAAGUACAGGCGCAGAGCGUGCUGGGUCGUCCAGUAUAUGAAGACGACCAGGAAGACAAUUAUUUCGCAAGGUACGCAUUGAAAACUCAGGAACCGACUACCGUUAACGACAGUACUUCUGGUAAUAGUGAUAGCAGUGCACCGCAUGGCAACAUACCGUCUCAGGUGGUCAAUACGCUCGAUGCUAACAAAGUUGAAUUUAGCGAGCGGCCACCCGUGAAGGAGAGAGUUUGGCAGGGCUGCACGAGAAUUAUAGAUGGAAUGCUGUAUUAUACCGACCAUUUUAUUGUCAAGGGUCUGGUAAUUAAGACAUUGAGUUUUCAAUCAAAAAACAGUAGCGACGACUACAGCAAGCGCAAAGCAAAGGUUAGAAGAAGAAUAGGUUUGGACAGACCCAAUGAAAUUUACGUUUACGCUACGAGGGAUGUUAUAUUUGACUCAGAUGAAGCGGACGACGAUAGUGUGGUGGAGGAAGAAGGAGAUUCAUCUCGCGGCGAUCACGAGGGGACAAAGAUGUCCGUUUGA